UGAUCGGGUCUGGUUUCGCACUGAUCUCCCGCUCGAGCGAAGUAGCCGUUGAAUGGUACGCACGCCGGACAGUGGGACACGUUCUUCGAGAAACGACGCGACCUCCAAAAAGGAACGUCUCAUCUGCUCGCAGAAAGCAAAGAUCAACAACAAUGGAGUGAAGAAGACGACGACGACGACGAAGAAGACGACGGUUCCGGCAUCGUCUUCUCCGUAGCUAGCCGUCGAUCGACACCGCCGUCGCGACGCGCCGCAGAUGGGGCGAUCUCCGGCGCCGCGCGACUACGAAGGCCUCCGGAAUGCUCGGAUCCUGGAGAACCAGGCUCGGUUGGCGUCUUUGGGACUGCAAAAGACGAUUCACGAACUCCGCUCUCUGUCUUCACCGGCGAAGCCGGUUAGGGCACAGCGGAAGAAGGUGUACUCCGUCGGUGCGCUGCGUCGCUCGGAGCGAUUGAGAGGGAAGCCUGCUGUGAGAAGUGCUGCUUCGGUGCCGGCGCGAUGGCCGGGCCGCUCGAAUGGGAAAUUCGCCGGCGGCACGAAGAUGGAGAAAGGUGAAAUUAGCCAUCUGCGUCGUUCCGAUCGGUUGAAACGUACAGCUGCUGAGUCGGUGCCCAAACGACUCGCGGCAUCGGAUUCUUCAAACGGCUCGCCUGAAUCAUCUCUCGAAGGGAGUGGUCAUGAAGAUGGUGAAGAGCUUUGGUCUACUGGAUGUAAAAGCAUCAGGCCUGCCAAUAAACCGCUGCUGAAACUACAGGGCUUAGAGUAUCAUCUUUCAGCUGAUGCUUCUUCCAGACGUUGCGAUAGCAAGGGCAGGGGCAGCAUCUAUGAUCCCAUUUUUGGAAUUUCUUGCCAUUUCUGCAGGCAAAAGAAAUUGUGCGGUGAAGAAGAUUGCAAACGAUGCGGUAAUCUUGACAUGGACGAACCAUGUAUAGGAAAGACGGAUUGUUCAGUUUGCCAUUCUGCCAACGGUGUUCUCUGCCGUGCUUGUCUCAAGGUUAGAUAUGGUGAGGAGAUGGAGGAAGUAAGGGAAAACAAAGAUUGGAUGUGCCCUCACUGCGUUGAAGCAACUGGAUCAAACCCAUACUGGAUAUGUAAUAGUUCAAUAUGCUUGAAGAAGCGAAACAGGGCACCGACAGGAAUUGCGGUAUACAGAGCUCGGGAUAUGGGAUACAAGUCCGUGGCGCAUCUUCUAAUGGAUGAGCUCCAACGAGCCGCAAAGCGCAGGCGGUGAUGGCGAGGGCGGGUAUCGCCAAAGCAAUGGAUUCCCAGGUCGAAAUGCGGAGAAAGACCAGCAACAGGAGAGGCCCGGCUACAACAUCUCGGCAACGGCAUUGUGUUUUGGAUCACAUACUAGACUUUCGACGAAAACAACUGCAGUUCUGCUAAGUGUGUCUUGCAGAUUUCUUUUUCGUCCAAGUUAAGACAGCCGUUAGCACUGUUGUAAAACCACAGCUUCAUUAAACCGUUGGGCAUUUUCACCUUGAUUUUGAUUAUUUUUUGGACACUAUCUUCUCAGUCCCUUUCUCAAUGCUCAAGUGAAAUUUUGACGAAAGCCUAUUAUUAUCAGCUCGAAGAAGACUGUCAAUUUGUUGGCAAUUCAAUUUUUCUAAGAAAUCUUUU